CGACGAUCGGGGUCACCCUGGUUUGGGGUAGUGUGAAUGCGGGCUUCCUCAUGCUGUGGCUCAUUUGCGUCACCUUUGUUUUUUUCUUAAGGGUAACUAUCGCUAAUUCAUCUUAAGUAAGAGGCAUUUAUGGCGUGCUCUCAAGGAGAAAACAAUAUGUCAAAGAUGCAUGUGGAGAUGAAUUCGGGCGAGCUUUAAGUUUGAUCAUUUUGGUGACCGUUUUCGUUCGCCGUGCGGCAGUUGACGCGUUGACGCCCGAGCUCACCCUGGCCGGACACUACGCGUCUGAAUGCCUCUACAACAUUCGGGCAGUGCGAACGUUGGCCGGCGCGGAGAAAAUAUUUUUCCAGAAAUACAACAAGUGUGUCCUCAGCCACAAGGAGAAACGUGCAUCCGAAGCGGCCGGAAACGGCUUGUUCUUUAUGGCUGAUUUUUUUUCCAUUCUUACGACCAUCAAGGCUCCCCUUUUUUAGAUUUGGGCUAAUAUGUCUACGUUAGUUUGUAGUAAGGGGUGGGAAAUGGGUAGCCGUAAUCAUGGUCUGGCUCUAGAGGGGAGAAAAAAUAUCAUCCAUAUUCUUGGGGCUAGGAGCUGCUGCGCAGAGUUUUCUGCAACCUGUGCUGUCCUGGGCAGUUGUCAUCGUCUAUUGUCGCAACGGCGUGCGAUCAUACGACUUUGAUUAUGCUCAAUGGGAAGAAAAUCAAUGUUAGUGUUUCUAAGUACUUUGUCAUUUCUACUAGAAAAAUGGAAAAUUCUCGUCUAGGUAAGUUGUACAGCGAAAAAUUUUCAAUUAGACGCUCAAAGCGCAUACUUAGAAGAAAACAGCCGUUUAGUUUUCCCUCAUUUUUCUCCCUACGUGAUCGAUUAGACGAACGAACAUACUUCUUACAACUGUGAGAAUGACUUUUUUUUGGAAUUUCUUGCCUCCGCUAAGUUUGAGCUAUAUUUCCAGCAGGCAGCACCGAAUUGGAUGUGAAGAACUGGUUCACGGAGGACUACUUUGCCGCCUGGCUUGGUGGCAUUACUCUUGCGAUCAAUCUGAUGAACAAUUUUUAUGGACCACAAAUUAUUGAUUCAUCUUCACAGACACAGACUUCUGGUCUCAGUUAUUUUCUUCUUGGAUUCUGAGACAAAGUUGAACGCGGAAUAUGCAUUAGUGUGUGCGCUAAGAUUUAGGCGGCGAUCUCGCAAGAGGGGUGAUGCUUGGGCCCGAUGCUAACCGCGCGUUUACUGCGGCACACGACCUCUUCAGCAUCAUCGAUCGAAAGCCACAUAUAGACUUGGCUGACACUAAAAGAGGGAGUGUUUUUGCUGUUGGCGAAAAGAAGGUAUGGGAUCUACGUAAGAUGAAAGUAGCUAUGAUAUGAUUUUGCACACUUCCGAAGAAGUAGUACAAUAUAAUUUUCCACCCUUCAUCUGAUUCUGAAGAAACAGUUUCUGUUAAAUUACCUUAAGAAACUUGUUAUAUGACUUGAAGUUACCAUAGAUUCCAUAAGUUACAACAUGAGUAUGUCCUCCUCUAACACCUGGUGGAAAGAACGAGGACCGCGUCGCUGUCCGACGCGUUGGUCAAGUCUGCUACGAUAAUGUUAGUUUUCGCUACCCUGCGCGCCCAACGGUGCCGGUACUGCGGUCUCUCAAAGGCCUCGAGUUGUUUAAGGGCCAGAGUUUGGGUCUCUGCGGACCUACGGGUAGUGGGAAAAGCUCGGUUCUGGCUCUGCUAGAGCGAUUUUACGAACCCAAUACGCUGGUUGCGGACGUCGAAAAUGGGGAGAAGAAGACAGAGCAGUCUUCCAACAUAAUAGAUGACGGUAAUAAAGUGCCAGCCACUACUAGUGCUAGUGUUGAGGCUGCGGACGAGCAGCAGCCUCUGCUACAAAGCGGGUCAACAGCACAAGAAAAGUCGGCAACACCAAGUAAAGGCAAAGGCAAGACCACUGGAGAUCAGGUAAGCAAAGCCGCGCCGAAAGAAAAACUCAUCUACGAUCCUGCUAGUAACGGCGCCAUUCUUGUCUCUGAGGAGCAGACUGUUUGCACUGCGCCUUCUGGUACUACAAAUACAACAGCAGGAGGAGUGGUCGAUCUUGAAGCCAAUAUCAAGCUGCCAGGCUCUAUUAUGUGUACUAGAUUCAAGGUGUUCCUGUUACAACCGUUUGUUUUGCUUCUGUAGCCUAAGGAAGGAGAAAAGCAGAAGAAUACACGGGAACCAUCAGAAACACCAAAACACUAGACUACCGCUAAUUCUACCACAAGCGCCGGCGCUUCUCGUUCCCCACAGGAAAAUUUAGACCUCUGCACCGAAGUUUUGUUGCGACAGUGGCGUGAUGUUAUAGGAUACGUGGGACAGGAACCUGUGGUUUUUAACCUGACAGCUAUCGACAACCUUCUUUUUGGACACCCCGCUCCUGAUACUGUAACCCGUGACGAUCUCCGAGCCGUAGCGGACAUGGCGUGUCUAUUAAGGCUCAAAGGAAUCAUUGUUCGUUGAGGGUUAUUUUCCUCGGCUUCGUCCUUCUUGGGGAUUAUCUGAAGAAAUAAACUGAAAAAAUGAAUUACCUUGUGAGCUCUAAGUCUUGACUUUCUAGCUGCGGAACCACCGCAAAAACGUCCUAAAAAAACAUUUGCAGAUGGCACAAAAGAUACAUCAGCGUCUUGCCCAUGGAUCGAGUCUCCUCAAGGAUCACUAGUUCAGGUCGACGGUGUACAAGCAGAUGCAGAUAUUAGUGACGCUGAGAAUACGCCAACCAAAACCAAUGUCCUCCACCUGCAGGCUUCUUCCUCUUAAGGCUACCGCCAAAGCAUGUCUCCUUGUUGGAGGUCUAUCUUUCUCUGCUUGAAAAAGAAGCACCUCCCACUAUCAGAACUUACCUUCUCGGGUACUCGGACGUGAUAUGUCUCUCAGGGAAGAUGCGAAAGCGGUAGCUCUAAUCCUCUACUGCCACAGCAGUAUCUUCUUCGAGCUGCAGCACUAGAAAACGCCGUAUGUCUUGGACGACGGAGCCACUGGGUGUCAAGGGGUCCAAAAUUUCUGGCGGCCAGAAACAGCGAAUCGCCAUCGCGAGGGCGUUGUUGCGCAAGCCUAAGAUUCUCUUGCUAGAUGAGGCAACUUCUGCUCUAGACAACCGCUCGGAGCGCGAAGUUCAGAGGGCGAUCGAUCGUAUCACGCGACGUGGCAAGACAGGAGAUGCACCAUCGAGUUUUAAGGCAGUACUGUUUAAAAGUACUUGGGGGAUGGGCUGCACUCACUCUCCGAUAUUAAUCCAUCCUCAUACUCAUGCCACUUAAAUGCUGCUGUUGAGGGAUUUGUGCUGGGUUCUACUGUUGAGGGAUUUGUGGGCUUCUUCUUGGGCUACUCUUUUGCAGAUUGUCGCUCAGCUUAUCUACAAUUUAGAUUCACGUGAGUCAAAAUCCUUUGUUUUGCGAAUCAAGUGAUUCUUCUUCUUGACUGAAAACUCGAUUUUUGUGCUCACAACAAGGCAACAAUUCAGCACGGUGAAGAGAAAUCUUCUGGUACCUCUACUCCAACUGCACAGUACCUCAUCUAGUAGGAAUACAACGACUUUUUCUAAGAAAGGGAACGAGAAGAUUAGUGCCGAUCUGAUCGUCGUCACAGUGGCGCAUAAGCUGUCUGCGAUCCGCGACUGCGAUAAGAUUUUUGUGUGCGUGCGAGGCCGCGUCGCCGAGUCAGGGACGCACUCAGACUUGUUGCAGAUUGAAGACGGCGUCUACCGCAAGCUAACGCGAGCUGGACGAGCAGGACCAACGAAAGAAGCAGGACCAACGAAUGAAGCAGGAGCAACGAGAGAAGCAGGGAAGAAGACACUAGUAUAUUAACAGAAUAGUUUAUAUAUGAUAGACGCUGGACACGCUGGGUGGCUCGGAACUAUAAUUUAAUGUUUCAUAGGAGAAGAGCAACAACUCUGUGGAGGAGGACGAAAUUGGUGACGAAAACAGAAAAUUACUUGACGAUUUUCAGCACUCCGAAUUGACUCCACCUUCUACUAGGUUAACUACUAUGAAGUUGUGUCUAAACAAGUAGAGUGGCAAUGCCUCUAAGUAAUGCCUCCAAGCUCUCGGAAUUUCUCUCUGACUUACCAGUUACUGGAUGGUUUUCAACAUUGCUUAUGAUUCACACAUACAAACAAUCAAGAAAUCCAAUUUAUUAGAUCAGGGAUCUUAUCAAUCUCUUGCUUACCAGUUAUUAGAUCAGGGAUGCUUAUUGGUGAGGUAAGCAGACACGGGUCAUCAACAUCUUUUCAUCAACAUCAUUUGUUCUUUGUUAGGUGCGAUAUUGUAGCACGAUCUAUGUUUAUUUUCAACGUGUUUUUCUUCUUUUGGCUCAAGGCACAGCCAGAACAAGACUAUCUAGUUGUGGAAGACUACUUUUCAUUGUCUAAUGAGUUAGCUGGUUAGAAGAACCUGUUAAAGAAUGGCUCACAAUAUUCGCAAGGAGUCCACAAGAUGGAGCAGAAGUGGCGUCCCUCCUAGAGAGGCUAGUCCUGGCUCUUCCUUGUCUGGCCAGGCUGAAGACGAGCUGAGACCUUUGCACGUCUCAGCAAGAAAGCCAUGGCAGCCCGCACUUGGCACAAAGGAGAAGGACCGCCUCGCAACUCAAAAGAAGACGGAGAUCAAAAAGAAUAAUACUAUUUCUUAUACAUCGGAGGAGAACGAGCACGAGGUUGCUACAAGGAUUUAUAAUACUACAAGGAAUUAUAUUACUAGUACGUCGUCGUGGUCCGCGGCGCAAGUUAGUACAAAGCUGUCAGGUGGAGGCGUCGUUUUGCCCAAGAAUGCUGGUGGAACACUCCGACGGGGAGCAACGCGCGUAAAAAGCUGGAUGAAGUCACUGAAGCGAGUGAACAACCUCAUCGGCAGGGAGACGAAUAUCGACAAGAUGGUGAAGAGGUCGUUUUCUGGCACUCCUGCCAAUUUUGACACAAAUACGUCUUCUGAUACAAAUCCUGUCAAUUUUGGUGACACAAAUAUUGACAAGACGGAGGAAGAGAUGUCCUCGUCUUCUUCUAUAACAACUGGUACAGUUCUUGUCGUCCAGAAGUCUUCUCCUGUGCAGAGUUAUUCGUCAUCGCCAAGAAAUGCCACCAGCAUAAAUGAUGGAGGUAGUCUCAAAAUAACAACAGCGGCAUGCACACGCAGAGAGCAAGAGGAAGACCAUCAGGGACAUCAAGAAACGCUUGCUUUUUCUCCAGUACGACGUGCGCUAUCUUCACUAAAUAGAGCAUCGCCGCCCUCCCCCGCACACGGCGAUCGUGCUGCAUUGUUUUAUUAUAGUGGUCCUGGUGCGGUCGACGUCGCCUCGGCAGGAAGCGGGCAAAGAGAAGAAGCCCUAGAAGAAGGUGAUCUGCCAGCGGUACCAGCACGAAGUGAAGAAGACCUAAAAGGUGAGGAAGCAGCACGAAGUGAAGAAGAGCUAGAAGGUGAGCUACUUGCAGUAGCAGAGCACCGCUCGAAGGAGGUCAAUACUGAGGGAGAGCAGGGCGCUCCUGCUGAGACGAACACGACACCUCCAGCGCCGCUUGUGAAAAAAAUUGAAAAGCUUAAAAAUACCCCUGCUGCUAUGCGUACGCAGGGCAGCGGUAUUAUGGCAUCGAGUGGGACAACCACGUUGCAGAUGCUGCCGAAGACUACACCAGCGGAUCGGAGUCUAUCUUCGGGUAUCCGGUCCGGAUUUGCUGUGUCCGACCACAUAGGCGUAAUUCGGUCGGCAGAGGUUGAAGCGGCGCCGUUGGUUUGGCGCUUUGUCUGCGGCUUCCCAUUGGAUACCAGCGGAAGGUUUCGAGGCGAUCGUGAUGGCCUAAAUGAUAGGAGGAGGAAGCUUUCGAGCUUAAUAAAGAACUCGGCAUCAGCACAACAACGUGAAGAUUACGAAGCUUUUGUGAAUUUUUUCGGACAAGAUUAUCUUGCAGGUCCCGAAGGUGAAGGAAGUCUUCGAACACGGAGUUUCGCUCUUCACAGGCUCUACCAGGAGCUACAAAUGGGUCACAGUGUAGCAGCACCAUUCAGGGUCCAGUAUUUUCAGCAAGGCAAUGGCGAUCGACUUGAAGCCCAGCGAAUGAAGAUGUUGAGUUUGGAUGACGGCAAAGGAGAAAAAGACGCGCAUCUUGGGCAAGAAACCCUGACGAGGAAAAGUACUAGAAGAAGAGCAAAAGAAAAAAAGAACAAAGCUUCUAGGGGAGAGGAAGGCGACCUUCUUGUUGAAGAGCAAGAAGAAAUAGGUGAAAAAAAUGACGACGUUGAGAUGAUGUGCAAAUUGAUAGAAGCACUAUGCGACAAGGCUUUGUUAAAUCGUGGCAUGUUGUGUGCUGUUUUGCGAAAGUUGCAGUUUCUCUUGCUCGGGGCCUCCAGUCGUACUCGUUCCAGUAGUGGCGGCACAACUAGACAGGACAGCUACAAGAGAGAUGAGAAUAAGAUAUGGUCUGGAUCAAGACUUGCAUCCAUUUUGGUAGAGCUCGCGGACUGCACUUCCUUGCCAGGAGGGACGAAGAGGAAAAGGAAGAGGGAUGAUGAAAGGGUGGACCAAGAGCAAGAGGAAGACGUCGAAGGAGAAAGUCCUAGUAUCUUUUCUUCAUCAGGAGGUGCCUCGUCACGAAUCAAGCCGCAUAAGACUCUGUACCGAAGAAGCGUGAUGUCGCUUUUGGACCUCUAUGAGGAGAUGGAUUUUCGUUCGUUCUCUUCACGUGUUGUAAAUAUGGGUAAAAAUACUUGGUCCCCACGAGGAGCAGGAGCAGGACCACGGAGUGAAGGCCUAGUAUCGCAGGACAAGAGAGAAGGCAAACGAGACUUUGAAUUGGAUAGGGUACAAAGGUUGUUGGAGGAUUUGGGGAUCGAGUUUCGCGAUUCGUCACCCAAAGUUCGGCAUCUCUACGACCGCUUUCUGGCAGUGUUGAGCCAAACCCACGACGCCAUGAUGAGCAGCUCGCAACCUGCGCAUGCAGAAAGUGAAACAGAAGACCUUCUUGCAGUGGGCCGUGGUGGGGAUUCGGAUUAUGGUACGGAUUUGGAUUACCCGAACAACAUAGAGGAGGAAAUGAUCGAAUGGGUCCACUCUUCCCAGGAAGUUUUGCCGUCGGUGCCCAGGAGUGAUGCCCAUAUUCUUGGGGGUUUCACAAACAAGAACUCGUCAAUCUCUAGCAGUCACAAAAACAACAAUACAGCUGGUGGCGUGUUCAAGAAAAUGUCAACACGUCCCUCGCCAUCUGGCGCCGUGGUCUUCCCGGCGACAUCCGCAGCUUUUUCCUCCAGUGCUCCUGCUCCUCCAGCAUUCCAGUCCGUAGACGGGCCGCGCGUCCGCCCGGCGCGUCCGGGAAUGUCGGAGGUCCUCGGUGCGUCUCCAGAGGCGGCCAAAUUCCGUCGCGUUUCUUCUAUUCGCGCUAAGCGAGACGCAAAGAUCGGUGCAGUGCGAAGUUCAGCUUUAGGCAACAAGACGCAUCACAAGACGCAACAUGUGGUACAAGCCCCACCCAUUCUGGAGGAUGAAGUUGUGAUUCAGGAGUUCCUAGAUGCCAUUCAAACGGCACUAUUCGAGGAGUGCAGUGAACAGCAGGGUGUGGAGCCCCCUCAUCUUCGAGGUGUUGUAGAAGAUCGUCGCGCUCUAGAUUAUCUAGAUCGCCUAGAUGCAGAUGCACAUGUACAUGGAGAUGCUGCACAAACUGAAACUGAAAGAACUGAAGAUGUUUUCGCAUCGCCAGGAAGAAGAGCGGACGACGAUGAUGUUGGUGCUGAGACGAGAGGACGUCCUGAGACCACGACGGGUGACGAGACCACGACGGCGACACGGCGACGCGACUUCAACAAGGUGUCGCCGUUGCGAAGCUCUCAAGUUCUACCGAGGGAGCUGAUGUCGCAGGGUGCGCUACUCGAGAUGCGGGACAGAGAUUUGGACGCCUUGGAUCAGCUGCAAAAGCAUGCGGCAAAAGCCCGCGCGAAUGUUGAGCGUGCGCGUUUGCUCACCAGGUUCGAAACCAUUCGGUCCAAAGUGAGACGUCUGGUUUUCGGUUUGCGAGCCAUGGAGUUACGAAGAAGUCGCUUUUUGUGCGACCCGGCUCCUGACAUCGCCCUCAGACAGACCAAGCUACUCCAGCUCCUCUGUUUGGUCACGACAGAAGCACGUAUGAAGACAGAAGAGGAUGCACAUCUUCUACUUCGUGGCGAACUACAACAACGUCCCCGUGAAGAACGUCACCAGGUCGUAAAAGAACAAGCCUCGCCUCCCUCUGUUAUCGUUGAGUAUUUUGCAAGAAAUGCUUCCGCGAAAACUUUCCGCGAAGCUCUUCUAGCAAAUGCAACUUCUAUGCUUGGUAGCAGUAGAAAUUUAGACUUCUUCUCAGUUGCCGAGGACUACCACGAGAGCAGCUCUAAAGAUCAGAAUACUACUGCUACAACUACUACUACUACUACGACUCAUUCUGGAGCUGAUGGAAGUAGAAUAGAUACAGUGGCCAAGUUGAGAACUUUUAAUGCCUAUAGGUGGUGGCUCAGUCUUGGAGACGAUGCUUGCCUCCUUUUGGAAUUCGCUUGCACAUCGCCCCCUAACUUGCACGUGGUCCUGCAAGAAGACGAAAAAGGUCUUUCCAAAAAUGAGUCCAGGACUCUACUUUCCAAGAACAAUAAGUCUAAGAUGAAUGACGGACGGAAAAAGUUUACAAAAUUCUCAGCAGAAGUUCUUGAAGAGAAGCGAGAAGAUGAAGAAAAACAACCCACCCAAUCUGGAUUCCCAGAAGACGAGGAGAUCGUGGAGAAAAUCCAGAUUCUUCGCCGUUAUCUUCUUUUGGAAGGCAUCAAUGACCGGGACCCCGUAGACUUUCUCUUUCAUUGGCACGCGGAAUCUUCUGGGCCCAGGCGCGCCGUGGUCAACGCCCUUCGCUUUUUCGCGCAGCUCCUGACACCUAACCACACGAAGCCAAAUCAAGACAAAAGUGAAGAUCAGCAGGACGAUGUUGAAGAUCAUGUUCAUCAUAAUUCCGAAGGCCAGAACUCCGUUGCCUCAUCUUCUAGCUCGUACCGAGGGUUACUGCGACAAAAAAUGCGUGCUGCGUUGCAAACGCUGUCCAAUUUGCACGCUUUUUGGGUUUCUUGUUGUGAUUUCAGGAGAGGAGUACUAGACCACAGAAGCAGUAAUCGCCAUUCCCUGACGUUGAAAAAUAAAGGAGCCACUUCUAAUACUACGACGACUUCAGGAGCAUCUUCUUCCAACAUCUCUGCACGACUCGCGAACGAUUCAAAGCUGAACUUUUCAUCUUCUUCACUAUCGAUCGCAGACUGUAAUGCUAUUUUCGAUGCGGAUGUAGCUAUUCUAGAGCAGCUGCAGGGUAUGUUUUACGCACAGCGUUUCAACAAAGUUUGUGGUGAAAGCGUGUCUGAAGUGUAUGAACGGUCACUGCGGGACUUCUCAGCAUUCGUCUCCGAAAAACGGCAACUCCAGGACCGAGAAAAGCAACGCUGUAUCGAAAGGUUCGGCUACACCGACGCAGAGUAUGCGCGCUUGCACAGCUCCUUGGACACGCACGCCGAAGCAUUACUCGAUAUGAGCCCAACAAGCAAAAGUCCUUCCGGAAGAAAGGAUGCCGAGAAGUACAACAAGGGCAAGAAAAUUCAGAGUCGCAACCGAGCGAUACUAGGACACUCCAAUCCUUCUAUCAUCGGCGCUGGAGAAAGAAAUUACCUAGACGAAGAAGACGCGUUGGAAGAUUUUCAGAUGGAUGACGAUGUUGACGCCGAAGAGAACUCGCCAGGCCAUAAUGAUCCUCUCCUGGUCGAUAACGAAGCAGAAGCUUCGCCUUCUGGUGCGGUCGUCCAGACGAGAGGUAACCGUUCUUUUAGAACAAGGAGGACCUUAGGGUUAGGUAAUGAUCGUGGAGGUACUAGUUCUCUUUUGGAGGAUGGUGACGAUUUCAGAGGUGUCCAGGACCCUGACGGGCAUGUGUCCAUAAGCUAUCGCAAGCGCAAGCAGAAUGUUAUCUCGGGUUUAGAGUAUCCAGAGACAGCACGCAUGGUCAGAACGAUUUUGGGACGCGGCAACUUGACAAGGUGGCUGCAGCGUGCGGUGGGUCCCGAGAUGAGGAGGAAAGUUGCUACCAACACUUCUUGUGCGAGAAAACGAGAUUUCGAACGUGCUGACGGCGUGGACGACGCAGACGAUUGCUCCUUUGCAGAUUCUAUCCAGCAACCUGCCUAUGACGAUUACAAUAAGAGUAUGAAUGGUGCAGCUAGUCGUGGUGGCAGUACAAGAACUACUAGGAGUGGUGGUCGUGCCUCUUCUGCGGCAGAUGAAGUCGUGAACUCUUCGCGUCAUGGACGUAGCAGUGGAGGCCGUACUAGCAGUAACAAGUUCUUACCCUCAUGGACAACAAGAACAAGUGGUCUUCUCCUGGAUGAAGCGUCUUCGAAGAGUUAUAGGAAAAACGAUUUCUUCGUAAGCCAACAGGCGGAGCGGGUGAAAGCCGCAGCACUCUUUGCGCGUGGCGCACAUCAGCAUUUGAGGCUCGAUCAGAGUGGCGAUCACGAUAAGCAGGACGCCCGUCGUUUGCAUCUCCUCGCGCCUGUUGUGUCGGUGAUUGAAUACUUGCGAAUGCUUUCCGGAGCCGAUAUUCUUGGUAGAAGUGAGAGCGACUCAGGAGUUCACGUUGGAGCUUCUAUUAGUAGCGGCGCAGGCGGUUUCCUCCAGGCAGCAGGAGGAGCAAGAGGGGCCGAUCGCAUGGAGAGGGAUCAAGACGAAGAAGAUGAUCAUGUUGAGGAGGUAACUACUGAUCUUGAAGAUGUCGAGUCGUAUUUGCGCCGCCUUGCGUCUGUGGCCGCAGAUGAUGCCCGACUACGAAAACUGGCACUGCUAGAUCAAGCUCUCUCACGCUCAAGGCAGCGCACCACAGUCCAUCGUCGCAAGCUCGCAAGGGUGCGUCACUACCAGCAAAGGCUGGAGCAGGAGGAAGAAGAGAGCGAUAGCAUCGACGAGGAAGCUCCUCUUGAAGAACCUGGUGGAGCUUCUUCCACUACCCUUGCUACAAGAAAAAGAAGUUCUGUUGGCGAUGACGAACAACCCAUCAUGACGAACAACCCAUUGGUAGGAGAGCCAGCACCUGUUGUUACGUCACCAGAGCCUGUUGUUACGCAACCAGAGCCUGUUGUUGUGCCAGAGCCUGUUGUGCCAGAGUUCUGGCCACCCUUGAGAUCUCCCCGAAAGGAGGGUUCCACCCAUGUGCCAGCUUCGGCAGUAGAUUCGGAGCAGCGACGUGAGAAAGAAGCGCCCGGCGACCGUGAUGGUGACGUCGUAGUUGUAGAAGAGACCACUCAAAAGAAGCAAGAACAGGAGCUAAGAGCGUCAAGGCAUCAAGAAGUGGAGCACGGGAAAGACCAGGAGCAGGAAGCGGAGCAUGAUGUAGCCGCACACCAGUUAGCCUCUAGUACAACUCAAGUAGCAAUUAUAGAAGCAGGAAACGAAUUUAAGAGUGCAGCUACCACGUCAAGUAGAAAGAAGUCCAGGAGAAGUACGACUUCGGCUUCGGGUAAGACUAUUAAAGGUACCAGCACGAGGACAUUUUCCAGAGCUGCUAGGAGAACAUCAUCUGUGACACGGAAUCGAAAAAGUACAUCAAGUGCUGCUCGAACAUCAAGUGCUGGUAGACGGACUACAACGACAGGCAGUAGUUCUGUUGUUCCCGGGAGAAAGCGAAGCCGAACUAAACGCCGUUCUCCUGGCAGCCUGACGAAGGAGCGGGGGUCAACAUCAGAGCGCUUGGCGCAGGUUCGAGCUACUGUGGCUAGCCUGGAGGCUGCGGUGGCCCGAGAAGAAAGAUUGCGUCAGCACUGGCAGCAAUUGCGAAAGCGUUUGCCCCAAAUUCGAGAACUAGCUGCCACUUUCAGCAAAGGCGAACAAAUAGAAGAUAAGCAGGCAGAAGUGGAUGUUGAUGCAGCAGAGAAGAAAGUUUUUGAAUUAUCAUCUUCUUCGUCAGAGCUCACGCCUUGUCGUGCGACGCCUCGUGCAGGUGGAGAGGACCACACGAGAAGCCUGGGAGCGUCAGAGCAGGAUAUCCAAGCGGUUAAUAAUACUCAAGAGUUCGUGGGAUCGCCAGAGAUACGCGCAAUUGAAGAGGAAUUAGGGGACAGUGCUGAGAUGGAAGCCGGUCGAAGAGACGAAGAAGAAAUCGAAAUUCUUCUUGGAGGAGGACAGCAAAGUGAAAGAGAGGACCUCGAUGCCGGAGGACAGCAAAGAGAAGAAGGAUUGGCAUCAGAAGAAAUAGAAGGCGUAAAUGCAGGCUCGUCUCCGGUUGUCGUUGAAGGAGGAACUAGGCCAACUAGUGCCAUUCACGUAUUUGUGGACUCAGAGAUUUUAAUGUUAGAAGAAGGAGAACAAGGGCACGGGAAUCUCAAUCUUCCUGCUGCGGACGAGGUGAAUCCUGAUUCUGACCAAAUGAAGCAACCAACUGGAUACCACCUGCUUCGCAGUUCCGCUACUUCCUCGAAGAUGUCGGACACAUACAUAGACCACUUGCAAGAGGUUGUCACGACUUCAGCAGCUUCUAAUGAUCGUGCAUCGACUUUGCAAUUUGGGGAAGCAGAGCAUAUUACCAGUGUGGACCAUGGUUUUCACCUUGCUACGAAGGUAGCGCAUGCGCAUCCGAUGAAGGAGGAAGUGGCGAAUGAAGCGCGUCGCUUCGUUGAGAAAGUAGUCGAAAGUACAGGAGGAUUCCUGUUGAACUCCUCUUCAUCUACUUCCAAGUCUUCAUCUCCGAAGUUGUCUGUCUCUUCAUCCAAGGCAACAUCGAGCAAAUCAUCCUCGUCAGGUGAGCGUAGGGCACACGAAGAUGAUGAAAAUUUUGAAUCAAGAGCUGUUUCUGAUGAUGGGGCUCCGAUAGUUGUGCGGUCUUUAACUGCUGGCUCUAAAAACUGGAGUGUCUCAACAGCUCCAAAAGUGAAGUCUUCAACGCCUGAAAGGUCAUCGAGAAAGCAGUCUCUUCAUGCAGAUGCAGGAGAUCAUCGACUGGCAGCAUCCUUAACCUCCAGUACUGCGGGCCAGUCUAGUACUGCUAACUCGAAAUCGAAAAAACAUCACAUAUUCCAUAUCGAUGGAGAGCAGGUUGUGGUGUCGGUCCUAGACAGAGGAAAAAAGAGGCCAAAGCUGGCGAACCACGAAGGCGAAUCGACUCACUUCGUGGAGGUGCAAGAACAGCACCAUCCUCAUCUCAAUGAUGACAGAGCCAUGUCUGCUGCAGCGGGACCAGGAGGUAUGAUGAAAAGAAUGUGACUAAGUACUCAACAUAAUUUUUCUUAGCUUAGAAGUGUUAAUAUUCUGAAUCAAUAAAAAACUCGUGUCGUUCAAGGACUUAAACUCGUCCGAAUCUCAGACUUUAAGUCAUCGGUCAUGGCUGUAUGAACAGUAACACGGACAUCGGUUGUAUGUACUUAGAUAUCGGUAUUAUUCGCAAUUGCUUACACAUGUCGAGAUGCUGGUUAUUGUGGUUCGGUUGUUGGUGGUGGUCGUAGUCCUUUGUCAUGAGAGGAGAAGAAUUCGUCGUCUAGAGAGAGUCUUCUGCUUUACUCCUGCCGUUUAAUGCCUGUUUUUAUUUAAUCUGUUUAGUGGGUCGGAUGCGACUGACUCUAGGCCAGGGCUUGGUGAACCGGUACCCUUGGACGAGCCCUGGAUGGUGGACUAGAGUCAGUGAGAGCACCUACCCCCCUCUGGUCCCCACCUUGGACUCGGGGGUAGGACGCCAAGGGCUGUAGCAUCUUUUCUAAUUAACUAUUCAUUAAUUUAUCUAUAAUAAACAUCUCGUAUCUCUGCUCAAACUCGGCUUUCUUUCCUCGAGGGUCCAGAGAGAUAUACGUUCUAUGAGCGAAUCACGCACGAUCCACGCUCGACCAACCGUGGGUCACGCUCUUGUAGAUCAGGGACAACGACGGACAACUACUUGAAUUUCAUCUUAUACACAUACUUCACAAGACCAGGGAUAGUAGUUCAUGUAUCUUCUUCAUACCAUCUUCGUUUAUGGGGGUUCAUUUGCGCAUUUUCUGUCAUUUGCAUUCAUGGACUUGCAUAGUGCAUGGACUGGAAUGACUAGAUGAAAGUCCAGAUUUACAUACGAGCAUUGUGCUUUAUUAGCGUGUGCAUUGUCUACUUUUUCAUCACUCCUUGAUCAAGGGUCGUCGGUUUUUUCAUAUUUUGAUUUUAGUCCACAUCAUGAGAUGAGUUCCUCAUCUCGCUGACAUCGUAGUCCACAUCUAAUGACAUAACAUUCGGCCUCCGAUGGCAAACCAAGCAUACAAUGUUUUUCGCGAGACAUCAACACCGUUUACGGAGCCAGGGUUAAAACGUGUGAAACGUGUGGUCUACUUAUUUGGCUGUACUCGGUAUAGGAUUGUCUGCUGUAGUACUAGUAUAUCGAGCAGGUAUGUAGUUGAGUGGUUUCUGCUUCCCUUCCUGAGGCAAAAAUACUCAACCCUGUUAUGAGAGGCGAAAACAUAGUCCAGACGAGGACAUCUACAUAUUUAUUUGUAGAAUAGCAAGAGGCAGUUUCACUAGAUGUAGAUGUAAGUAAGUACUUAUAAGUAGCCGUUGUAGAGGUAAGUACUUGUCUCUUUAUAUAUAAGUAGGCACUAUCAAUCUCAUCUUCAUCUAGAAGAUGAAAGCAGCCGCGACCAAACCACCUGAGCUAUCCCUGAUCUCCUCGUGCCUCAGUGUUUGUUCCUGUUUCUUCUUCACUUCCAGCGAACCCCUUCUCCCCUUUGUUUUUUUCGGAUAGAAGAAUGAUGGGAUGCGCUGCGGUUUAGGUUCGCUACCUCUAGGCGCAACUUAUCUCAUUUCAAGCACUGCUCUCGCCGGCGCUUCAAACCUUAUAGUUGGACACAGGUGGAACCGUCGUGCCCACAUUCCCUCCCUAGGUCUCGACAAAAAACCGAAUGAUGAUCCAAAUCUGUUUGACUCUCGUCCACAGCAAUAAAAUAGUGUACCGUAGUACACCACGGCUUCGC